AUGUCGAAGAAAAAGGACAAAAAGACUGUAUUACGAGAUUUCACUCUAGAUGACUGUGCAAAUGCCACUAAAGCAGUGAAAACCCUCAAGAAAUCAGUCUUACAAACAGACACAGUUGAAGCUUCUUGGGAUGAAAUCCAGGAUGACUUAGAUAUCGUUGAAGAAAUCGCACCAGACGGUACUAAAAAACUUGUAUGCAAACAAAAGAAAUCACAAUCUGUACUAAUAAAAGACCGUCCCGGAUUGGAAUACCCAGAAAUAGUUUGGUAUUUAAUAUCAAAGUACAUAAAACCAGAAGACAUAGCUACGUUUGCCAGAAUUAAUAAAGCAGCAUACCGUGCAACUAAAAAUAAAUCAUUUUGGCUAUUACUUUAUAAAAGACAUUGUGAGUACCAUCCUAGACUGCCAGAGAAGCUACGCAGUGACAGUUUCAAAGCUUACGGACUGAGGCAGACGGUUAUCAGAGCACUGUUUUAUACUUACGAUGUGUUCGUAAAGCGUAUUGCUCAAAUGGCUACACAAGACAGCACACCACACUUACUGGUAAACCGGAGGUGUGUUAAUGUAUGGUUCUGUAAAGGUUUAACACACUGGUCCGUGUAUUUCAAGUUAAAAAAGAUCAAACUGCACAGAGAAAAGAAUGCUCUCGAUUUUAUUGAGGAGUUGGGGAGGAUUGAUGCUAAUCCUGAAGAGGAUACUCAAGUAUUACAUGUGACCUGCAAGAGUUUUCAAGAAGUCCCGCCCCUCAUGGGUAUGACCCUGACAUCAGUAUCUAUGACCCUCGCCAAGGGGUUCCGAUACCACAGGCUCACCCUCGGUUUCAACAGCGCACCUUACACCACUAAAGGUGUAUUGCCGGAAUGUUCCGUAAUGCUGGACGCCGUGGUUGGCGCGCUCGUCUGCGACUGGUGGCACCCCGCCUACCCUCACGGAGAGGUGUUGCUUCCGAGACAGGAGCCCCCACUCCUCAAGAGAAACUUCUUCGACGAAGACAGGUCGUGA